GCCGAAAGAUACGAAUCUAUGAUUAAGAAUUUCUUUCCCCUUCCAAAGAAAGCAUGGAAAAGAAUCGUCGGCGUGAGAAAUGGCGGGUGUGUGUGUGUUUCUAACUCAAAGAGCACGUUUUUGGGACACUGUUAGUUUAAAAUAAUAAAACGUAAAACCAUAGUAAAAUUUAAAAAAUAAUAAACAAAGUAACACUUUUUGUAGUCCUAAGUAACUUUUAAAGCUAAUAUUCAGCUUAGCACUGUUCGUUUUUCGCCCACAAAUAUACCAUAGCACGAUCCCAUUGAAUGGAAAAUCAAGAUGAAGAGGAGGAUGUCAACUUCUGUAUCUACAAAGACAGAACCUAAAAGGCAGAGAUUAUUUACUCACUGCUUCCUCCCCAUGAUUCUUUUGCUAUCUGCUGCCUUCUUCAUUGGAAGUGCAUUUAUAAUCACAGACUAUAAAGAGAAAAUUCUAGGAUGGGGGUCAGUUAUGGUUUUGCAGUACUCAAGAUCUAAGAUGUGUGAGACUCAGUGCAGGGCUUAUGGAAGUGAAGCAUUACCUAGAGGAAUCAUUUCUGAAACAUCUGACUUGGAAAUGCGGCCAUUAUGGGGUGCGCAGAAUAAGAAGAAGCCAAAGUUGUCAAUGAACUUGUUAGCCAUUGCAGUCGGAAUAAAGCAAAAAGAAAAUGUCAACAAGAUGGUCAAGAAGUUUCCAGAGAGUGAUUUCGUUGUGAUGCUUUUCCAUUACGAUGGCAUUGUGGAUCAGUGGAAGGACUUAGAGUGGAAUGACCGUGCUAUACACGUGUCUGCUGUCAAUCAAACCAAGUGGUGGUUUGCAAAGCGCUUCUUACAUCCAGAUAUUGUUUCGGAGUAUGCCUACAUCUUCCUCUGGGAUGAAGACCUUGGAGUUGACCACUUUAAUGCUAAAAGAUAUCUUUCAAUAAUUAAAAAUGAAGGGCUUGAAAUAUCUCAGCCAGCACUUGAUCCCGAGAAGUCAGAGCUGCAUCAUCCAAUUACAGCAAGGGACAAAAAUUCUACAGUACACAGGAGGACGUACAAGGUGAUUGGUAGGACAAAGUGUAACGAAAACAGCACUGGUCCUCCUUGCACAGGAUUUGUAGAAAUGAUGGCGCCUGUUUUCUCCAGAGCAUCUUGGCGCUGUUCAUGGCAUAUGAUUCAGAGUGAUCUGGUUUUAGGAUGGGGAUUGGACUUUCAGCUUGGUUACUGUGCACAGGGUGAUCGGACCCAAAAAAUUGGAAUUGUCGAUUCUGAGUACCUUAUUCAUGAUGCGCUUCCCACGCUUGGAGGCUCAGCAGAAAACAAGGUAUCAUCACCUUCCAGUGAGUCUGGUGGAAGAUCUGAGGUUAAAAAGCAAUCCUACAUUGAAUUAGAGAUCUUCAAAAACAGAUGGAAGAGAGCCGUAAACCAAGAUAAUUGCUGGUCUGAUCCGUAUGAACAGUCGACAAAAAAACAGAAGUAAUGCUCACAUAAAGACAUGGGUCAGAGGAAAUAUUUGGUUCUUGAAGGGCAUGUAAAGGGUCACGAAUACGGCAUUUUCAAAACAAGGAAUACAAUAGGAAGAAUUAUACUUCAAAGCAUCUGCGGAAUAUUUGUCUUGAACUAUAGAUACAUGGAAUUUUAGCAAUUUUUCAUACCCAGAAACUGUUAAAGCUUCUUAUUGUAGCAAACCCUUUCAAUUCCAGUUAUUUUUUUAAAA